CAACAAAUCAAAACUCUUGAAUCUUGACUGACUUUGCAGGAACCGACAACAGGCCAUGCCGCUUUUAUUUUGAAAACCCCCACAGGAACCGGUUGAGCUCCGCUGCGGGUGACUCGACCGUGCCAUAGAGAGCAACGGACGCACGGUGGCUACUUGAACGAAAACGGGGGAAGCUCGCUCAAGAACCGGCUGGGCUGUCGUCGGGAACUCAGCAUGCCACAAAACAAAUGCUGAGCGCGGCUCCGGAACAACCGUAUUCACCUCCCGAGCGGCGAUAGUUUGACGGCCACGCCCCGUUUCCACCGAGCGGAGUCCGUACAAAAACUGCCGGCGGAGGCGCAGCCGUGAGCGGUUAGAAAAAGCCAGCAGGGCGGCUAGCGGGGGCUCACAGCGGAGAGGAAGCAGGAGCUGUUUUGGGAACCAUGAGAGAGUACAAAGUAGUGGUUCUCGGGUCCGGCGGGGUCGGCAAAUCCGCAUUAACCGUCCAAUUCGUGACGGGCUCCUUCAUAGAGAAAUACGACCCCACGAUAGAGGAUUUCUACCGAAAGGAGAUCGAGGUGGACUCCUCUCCGUCCGUCCUGGAGAUCCUGGACACGGCGGGCACCGAGCAGUUCGCCUCCAUGCGAGACCUGUACAUCAAAAACGGGCAGGGCUUCAUCCUGGUCUACAGCCUGGUCAACCAGCAGAGCUUCCAGGACAUCAAGCCCAUGAGGGAUCAGAUCAUCCGGGUGAAGAGGUACGAGAGGGUGCCGAUGAUUCUGGUCGGAAACAAAGUGGACCUGGAGGGGGAGAGGGAGGUCUCGUCCGGGGAGGGGAAGGCUCUGGCGGACGAGUGGAACUGCCCGUUCAUGGAAACUUCAGCCAAAAAUAAAAGCUCGGUGGACGAACUGUUUGCAGAGAUAGUCCGACAGAUGAACUAUGCCUCAACACCAAAUGGCGACGACCAGUGCUGCUCGUCUUGUGUGAUUCUUUAAGGAAAAAUGGACAAUCAUCAAAAGUUUUUAUCCUUUGCUCGGUUUUAAGUUUGCAAUGUGUGUUGCAGCGAGUCUGUACUGUUGAGCUCUUCUUCUUCGUGUCUCACCCCCGGCCUUGGAGGAAAAUGAAGGGAGGAAUGCUUGCAAGGGGGGACGAUAGGAGGAGGAGGAAGAGGAGGAGGAGGAGGAGGGGAGCGACUAAGACAGAGGGAGGGGUCCACUCUUCAGGAAUUCUGCCGGGUUGGAGUAUCUCUGCUGCUACGAUCGGUGUCCGCCGUCGAUGUCAACACAGAUCCAGCAGCGAGCCACACCUUCCACACCUUCUCACUGACCUGUACUCCCAACUGGAACUAAACCCCCCCAAAUGGAACAAAAAAUAAAUAAAUAAAAGAUAAUGGAGAGUAACACUUAGAGAAACUCAUAAAUGGAUAUUUCUGUAUAAGAAGAAGACAGGGAGAUAGAGUAUAUUUUGGUAAAUAACUGCACAGUCUGAGGCAGAGUGAAGAUUUUCGACUGCCUAACCCGAUUCGGGGGGAAAAGGCAAAUCCUCCGCAACACUCCAAAACCUACUUUUAUUUUUUUGAUUUUCUUUCUUCCAAAGUCAGAAGAAAAAUUGUCACCACGCAUCCGGUGGUGGAGCAAACGUUGACGAGUGCCACUUUUUUUUUCUUCUUCUUCUUCGUCGGUGUGCCAGAGGACCCUAACUGAAGUGACAUGGGGGAACGCUGACCCGAUCGCGCUUGUGUCGAGUGCCUUUCCAAAAAAAAAAAAAAAACAAAUUUAGCUGUUCAGAUUUAGUGCCAACCUAUCACCAAAUGAACCCUUCGACAUGGCAAUCCACAGACUAGUAAACUCUUCUUCUGGAUAAUCUUGUAAGGGUGGAGGCUGACAAAUAAGGCUUUUUGUUAAUGGAAUGGCUCUUCUGUAUGUUUUACAUUGGCCUUUUUUUUUUUUUUGAAGUCUAAGGUGUUCAUUUCCAAUGUCUGCUAGGUCUGGCCGAAAACCUUAUAUCUUGAAAUGCACAGGUACUGGAACCCUCGAGACGUGAUAACGACACACAUCACUUUUUUUUUUUCCAGACCGCUUAAAUCAAAGGAAUUCUGUUUGUUCUGUUUAUUUUUUGUUGUUUUUAACAGGAAAUGUGAUGAUGUUGACAAAUCUAACCUGAUUGUAAGUUUAAUUUCAGACCGGCCGUUUAACAGAGGGGGCUGUCUGUUUUAAGAAAAAAAAACCAACAAAAAAAAAAAAAAGACUUUUAAUACAAAUUGCAUUUUUUAAAAAAGAAA